CGCGCAGGGCCGAGCCGGCCAGCCUGCUGCGUGCGUGCGUGCGUCGCUGCGUGCGUGCGUGCGUGCCGUGCGCUCGCCGGGCACCGCGGCCUCGCCCUCGCCCUCCGCCCCUGCGCCUGCACCGCGUAGGCCGCCCCCCCCGCGCGCACCCUGUCGGCGACCCCCGCCCGCGCCCCGGCCGGCCCCCCCUUCUAAAUUUAAAGGGGGCGCAGCCUUCCCGCCUCCCGCUCCAGGUGACCGCUCAGGGGUCUCCCGCCUGAGGUGCCCCGCCGCCGAGGAACAUGGCGAAGGUGGAGCAGGUCCUGAGCCUCGAGCCGCAGCACGAGCUCAAAUUCCGAGGUCCCUUCACUGAUGUUGUCACCACCAACUUAAAGCUUGGCAACCCGACAGACCGAAAUGUAUGUUUUAAAGUGAAGACCACCGCACCACGUAGGUACUGCGUGAGGCCCAACAGUGGGAUCAUUGAGGCAGGGGCCUCGAUUAAUGUAUCUGUGAUGUUACAGCCUUUCGAUUAUGACCCCAAUGAGAAAAGCAAACACAAGUUUAUGGUGCAGUCUCUGUUUGCUCCACCUGACACUUCUGAUAUGGAAGCGGUAUGGAAGGAGGCAAAACCGGAAGACCUUAUGGAUUCAAAACUUAGAUGUGUGUUUGAAUUGCCAGCAGAAAAUGAUAAACCACAUGAUGUAGAAAUAAAUAAAAUUAUAUCCACAACUGCAUCAAAGACAGAAACUCCAAUGGUGUCUAAAGCUCUGAGUUCUUCUUUGGAUGACACUGAAGUCAAGAAGGUGAUGGAAGAAUGUAAGCGGCUGCAAGGUGAAGUUCAGAGGCUACGAGAGGAGAACAGGCAGUUCAAGGAAGAAGAUGGACUUCGGAUGAGGAAGAGUGUGCAGAGCAACAGCCCUGCUCCGGCGUCCGCCACGGCGGGGAAGGAGGAGGGCCUCAGCACCCGGCUCCUUGCGCUGGUGGUUUUGUUCUUUAUUGUUGGUGUCAUCAUAGGGAAGAUCGCCUUGUAGGCAGCACGCAGAGGGCGGCGAAUUGGAUUGAUGGAUCCGCCGUAAUCAUGGGAUUUAAAUUUAUCAUAACCAUGUGUAAAAAGAAAUUAAUGUAUGAUGACAUCUCACAGGUCUUGCCUUUAAAUUAUCCCUCCCUGCGCGUGCACACACGCAUACACACACACAAAUAUAACAUAUAACAAUCUUGUAGAAAGUUAAAAAUGUAUACUAACUGAUUGGGGGAAAAGAAUGAUCCUUAUUAAUGACAAGGGAAACCGUGAUUAACUGAUAAUGGCAUGUUGUAAAUGUCAUUUUAAACAUUUGUAGCCUUGGUACAUGUUGCUGGAUUACCUCUCUUAAAAUGAGACACUCUUCCUUGCCUGUUGGUGCUGGCCCUGGGGGAGCGGGAGCCCCGUGUGGUGGGGGUGCCGUCAGCUCCACACAGCAGUCCCCACGCUGCUCAUGCACUCCCCGGGCUGCUUCUCCACGUCUGCCCAGGGCAUCAGUUCCUUAGGACUGGUGAACAGAGACAGAAGCUGAAAAGCACUGUGCUGUGGCAGCAUCAGAUGUGCUUGUCGGCAGCAGGAGGUGGAUGUCGACUGAUUGACCCAGCACUUUGGCAGUAAAAGUCAGUGCUUUGUUCUCUUUAAGGGACCAGGCUCAGUUACUGAUGGCUCAUGUAGUGAGGUUGAGUUGUUAUUCAGAGAUGUUUAAUGCAUAUUUAACUUAUUUAAUGUAUUUCAUCUCAUGUUUUCUUAUUGUCACAAGAUUAUAAUUAAUGCUGUGGCCUAAAAAUCACCUGUGCUACCUAACGCCGUGAAGCUGGCAUUGCUGCUGGAGGCCUGCAGCUCCUCUGGAGGCUCUGGCUCUGCGUGCAGACGGAGCAGUCGCUGAUCCGACUGUUGGAGGUCAGCUGCCAGGGACCGUUUGUCUGUGUAAAUAAAUAACAACUGUCCUAGGGAGGGAAACUGGUAGUAGCAGCAGUCGACUCUGUGUUACCCUCUUUAAUGGAGAAGAGAAGAAUAGCUCAUCUUCUGUGUUGUUCUUUCACUGCCCCUCAACCGCCGCUCAUAUUUCCAGCACACGUGCCCCAAGCCUGGUCCUGACCUUUCCCAUGCGGCCCUAGCUUGGGGUCAGGGCGAGUGAGUCAGGCAGCAGAGUGGUCAGGAGAGAGGGAACCAGCUGGGUGGGGUGGGAAUGGGGGUGGGGUGUGAGAGAGAUCUUCAUAUAAUCCAUCAAGUAGUAAUUGAGAAUUUGUGAAUUAAUUUUAUGCCAUAAAAGACCAAUCCAAUUCUGUUUGACUAUGUAGCAUCUUAAAAAGAAAAGAAUAUUAAAAUAAAGCCCCCAAAUUAAGAGUUCUUUUGUCAUUUUGUCACAUUUGCUAUAUGGGGGGAGUUAUUUUUAUCAUCAUCAUUAUUUUGUCAUUGGAAAAAAUGAGCCCUAUCAAUGAGAAAUAUUUAUAUAUUUAAUGAUUUAAUUACACACACACACAUAUAUAUAUUUGGUUGGCUUCAACUGAGAAUAUAAAAUAAAACUGCUGAAAAUCUUAAGCAGCUGGUCUCCCUUGCCCUCCCAUUGCUUUGCCCUUCAAUUAAAAGAAGUCUGUCUUCUGGGCCGAGGAGCCGUGCAGAAGAGACUGGUGACAGCCAUGCCGAGUGGCUCCCAUGUGUGGGCGGGUUUGAGAGAGAGACUCAUCAGAAGGGAGACAAUUCUUGGAGGUUACAGACCCAGGUCACAUUCCUCCCGAGCCUGCUGGGGUCAAGUGGCCUUAGGUUCUGGCUCUGGUGAUCUGUUGGGGGGCUACCCAGAGACUGGGAGGUGGAAAUCUCUGGACGGUCUAAGUCAGUAAGUUUCCAUCUUCAUGAGAAGAAGCUCACUAUAGAUCCCAAGUACUUGCGGUAAAUGUCGAACAGACCCGGUUCUCAGCCACACACCUGUUGCUUAGAUUGCAUUGAGCGUGCAGAUUUGGAAGCCUGCCCAAUUAUAAAUUACUCUCCAGUGUCUUUUCCAUGUGGAUCCAGGUGCUGUGAAAGAGAGUGAGAAGUCUGAGCUGUGAGGCAUGUGCCUUUUGCCAUUAAUUUUCUGUAAAUGGAUUAAAAUUUUUCUAAGUGUGGGACUUCAGCAAAUUAAUGUUUAUGUAGCUUCCCAUGCCUCAUGGCAUUGGAAGGAGGGCCCGGGGGGUGCAUUACAAGUUCCAUUUCUCUAGAGCAGGGGUCUGCAGGCUGUUUCUUAAAGGAUGUGCCUGUGUUUUCUGAUAAAACUUUAUUCACAGAAACAGCUGGUGGCAUUUGGCCUAUGAGACUGCCGUUUUCUGGCAGCUACACUAGAGUGACUAAGUUCUUAAAAAGAGUGCCUGGGGCUCCUGCUCUGCUUUAGGUCUUUGAAAGUGAUCUAGCGGUUUGUGUACAUCUCGGAGAAGGUAUGCAGCUUGUCUGAGCAUUUUGUGGGCAUUUUGUUUGUAGUUAAAAAUCAAAAUGUAAAAUCCAAAGUUGUCUCUUCUGACUAAUCAUCCUGUAAAAUCUCUUCCCCUUUCAGAGGUUAGGAUUUGGUGAACACGUUAGUCUGUGGGGCUUUUUGACUGACUGAAAGCAGGGAACUCCCCAGGGAGAGAAGGACGUGGUGUGGGAGGAUUGGAUGUUGUGUAAGUCACCCUGGUCAGUAGAGGCUGUGUCGGGAAGAGAACGUGUGGAGCCAGCGCCACUAAGGUUCAGGGACCGUUUUAAGAGCCACAAACUCUCAAGAUCUCGACCUGGAGAAGCAUACACGUUUUUGAUGUUUUUCUGGAAUGCCAGAGUAAGGCAAAGAGGUGGCUGUGUGGUCCUACCACAUGUCUGCUCUGCCCUGAGAGGGUGAGGGUCACGUGAUGGGCAUAAACUGGCCAGAGCGAGUCGGGCGAAGCUGGUGAGUAUGCCAGCCGGGCGUGGGCGUGGGCGGCCGCAGUCUCACCACCCUCGUGCCUGUGGCCUUGGGAACUGGUCUGCCGCGCCUCCAAAAGUGGUGCCCUUGUUUUGGAAAUACCCACCAUUGAGCUCGCAAUACCUGAGAGGUGUGAGCAAUCAGGGAGAGCAGGACGUUUUCAUUGAUUGAAUUUUUAACUAGAUACUGAACUUCGCUCAGCCCGAUACAAGACACCUCUCAAAGACAGCAGGCUCCAUCAUUUGUAGGGGUGAGGACCCGGCUUUAACUUCUUUCCUUCUCCUAGUUUGCAUGUCUUCCCUCUCUAGCCUUUUACACUGCUGGCACCAGCAGUAAUAAAUACUGAUAAAAUCAAAAUUGAUUUUUACCUGUGGACAGUUUGUGCCCACAGAGAGGCUUCAACCUGCAUAACACAGAAAGGGGAAAAAUGAAGAACCUCCAGUGAUCCGUGAAAACCUAACCGCUUUCAAACAAAUCCCAGGAACAGAAUUGCUAUCAGAAGAUAUCGCCGGACUCGCAGGCUGUGUUGAGUCCGAUAUAACUGAAGGCAGAGAGAGCUCAGAGCUAAAUAGCCUUUUAAAUUAAUUUGAAAACAAGCUGUGUGUUUGUGUGUGUGUGUGUGCAUGUGUGUAGCAUAUGUACCAUAUGUAAGUAGCUUAACAUUUUUCAAAUGGUGCCUAUAUUUUUUGCACACACAAAUCUUUAUAUUUGCAAACUCAGAAUCCAUGCCAAAAUACAAUGCCAUUUGUCAUUUUCAGUUCCUUCUCUAAAGAACUGGCCCAUUUACAAGUUUCUGGUUAUGGUUUGUUUGUGAAAUUCUUCGUUUAAAAGAAAAAAAUAAGGAGAGAGGUGGGAGUUGGGCUUCAAAGUCACCUUUAACACUUGAAUAAUGGUUCACCUCCGAGACUGUCUCAGGUGCAGAGGCUGCUGCUUCCCCCUGCUGGUGGUGGCAGUUCACUGACGGGCGUCUUGCUAGGGGCACGCGGUCUGGAGCGGCCUCCCUGCCCCUUCCUGUUGAGCCUGUCUGGCUGGAGGAGGAGGACAGCUAAGUAAAACUGUGGAAUCAGUUAGAAGCUACCACUCUGAGGAGUACUACUGCCAUUAAGCUUGGGCCCUGUGUGCUCUUGCUGAAUGUGAAUGCUUUCAAAGAUCAGCAGAAAUGGAGUUGUAUCCAGAAAGUCCCUUGCAGAGUAGAAAGGUGGCUCCGGGUCCCUGCCCCCAGAUCUGAUAAGGCCCGGAGGACUGGUACGUGCCCCGCGUGGAGGGGGCUGCCUCUGGGUCUCCCCGGCCUGAUCGGAUGUGGAGAAGGCAUUUUUUUAAGCCUUCCUCAGACAGAGCUGCUAUGAUGGCAAUCCUGUGAUCCUUUAGGGAAAGUUGCUGUCAUGACGUCCUCCUCACCCUGUGCAGAGCCUUCCCUGUACAUUCGCUCGCUGCAUUUAACCCUUGCAGCGACAGUGGCCGGGGCAUGAGAAGAUGAAGCCUCUGGGAGGUUAACUUGGGCAACUUUUUAGAGCCUCUCGUUUGGAGCAGAAUCAGUCUCCAAGAAGCAUGUUUCGAGGGCCCAAGUGGCUAACUAAGACACUGCUUCAGCUGCGAAAGUGGCUGGAAGGAGCAGUGUGCAGGGGUCCGGCGCAUCACCUGGCCUCAGCUCCUCUGACCUCUUGUGCGGCCUUCGUGCCGUAUGCAGUUAGUUUAAAGAUGAAGUGGAAUCAGGACUCUCAGAUGCUUUUUAUUUUUCCUUUUGAAACGACACACACCUCAGACAGUAAAAAAAUGUGCGUUCUCCAUUUUCUCAUCACCUGAAGAUCUCUGCCUGAUGCUCCUGGGGAAUGAAUUUGGGGGCUUUAGAAAGAAAAUUACCAGUCUUUCUCAGCGAGGUGACGAGAAUGCUUUCUGUGGAGGCUUUACAUAACUUGUAAAUUAAAUGUGAAGUGAGGGCAGUUCAUUAAAAUUGGUAUCACAGGAGUGGCCUGCUGAGGUUUAAAAACAGCUGAGCUGCUGGUCUCAGGCCUCUACCCGAAUUAGCGUUACACUUCUCCAGGAAAUCAUCGAAGGGAGCGAGCAGUAGCAGACUCUGAUAAGGAGCAUCAGUUGAGAGGUGAACUUGGGAGGCUGAGAAAGGAGAUCUCCGGCGAGACUCACAAACCCGUUUACUCCGGUGUCUGCAUCCCCUCAGCCGCACACUGGGGACACGAGGCUCAGCCUCCCGGAACAUUAGUUGGGGCACAUGAGGCCACCCACCCCUGUGCCGAGGAACCCAGACGCCCUUUGGAGUGUUUUUAGCUAUACCUAUGCCACUGAAAAAAAAGGUUUUGUUUUAAUUUAUUUUCAUUACAGAGGUAUUUUGAAAAAUUCAGAAGACUUGAACAGUUCUGUGUUAAUAGUUAAAAGUGAAACCAGUGGAGGUGGAUGAGACGUCUCAAUUAAUAUAAUUAAUUCAGAUUUUUUCUUAAUGGAAUUAAUUCAUUAGAAAAUGUCUGCGUCAAAUCUGUAGAAAAAGGAAGAAAAGGCCAGCAACAAAAAUAUAGCUAUUAUCUAACUUGCCAUAAAUAUUUGCAAUUAUGAUACCUUGGAAUGCUGCCACAAUAUGGAUUGCUUUGAUUAAAAGAUGUCAGUUGAAUAAAACAGUACCGUGGGGUAAUAGUUUUCUGCUGCUAGAUGAAUGCUAAUGUUUAUUUUUAAACCAGGAAACAUUGAUCCUGUGACAAUGCCCUAUUACAAUUACUUUAUUAUACCACAGGGUUGAUGUAUAUUUAAUCAUUUGGCUAAUGGAUGUGGGUGCAGGACUGAUGCUCACUCGCUGUCCUGCGCCCACACGUGCAUUCUGAUGAGCAUCAGGGCACGGCCCGGGCUGCUGCAGGUGCCAGCUGCUGCCCUCGGACUUGCAUCUCUGAUCCCCAGAGCCCGGUCUGGCCGAAACAAAACAGGUUACCUUUUACUGGUUGUUUCCCUUCAGUCAAUGCCAACUAGGGGAGACAAAUCAGGUAUCUUAACACAAUUUCAUUAAGGUUUAGUGCUAACAAGAAUGCAUAGCUUUUCGUGAUUUAAGAAGAUGAUAAAUUAGUGUGCAUGCUUCUCCUAUGACUUAAUGGUUUUUCAUAUAAUACAAAAAGGUCUGGUUCUUUUUAUGAACUGGCUGCCUGCAUUCCCAUCUUUCUUUUGUAUUUUAGAAGUAAACUAAAUUCAACUCUUACCCUCUAGUGCAGCAUUCAUUUGAAAAUAUUUUUUCCAUUGACUCUUUUACUUGGAUUCAAAGGUCAGAAUUUAUUGUCUGUAAUACUGAGACCAUGUGUACAAGAACUGGUUCUUGCUUUUCAUCGUUCACUCAUUUGGCAAACGUUUAUCCAUUUACCUUCUAUAUGUUAGAUAUUGUAUGAGAUGCUGAGAAAUUAAUCAAGGGGAGUGGUUUGUUUUGGUAUUUUUCAUUCAUAAGCAGCCUCAGUAAGGUGAUUCAAGCUUAUACAUAGAAAAAUGUAAAAUACAUUUGGUUCUCAUUUCUGUUGCUAGUGUUUCCUUUUUUAAGACAAUUUAUAAACUGCUGCCACUUAGAGCUUCUCUGGGAGACUCAAAAUGAUCUAUUUAAAUGCUUCCUUCACCCCCUCUCUCCUUUUUGAGUAUUAGUUUAAAUAAUGCAUGUCGUUCUACCUUUCUUUAUGUCUUUCUUCUUGUCCCCAAAAAAGAUCUCUGAUCGUUUGUGAUGUUUUUUUCUGGCUUCAAUGUAUGUUAACAUUUUGGGAAUUGAGUAUUUUAAGAGAUGUCUUAGAAUGCUUUAGUUUUCAUAAUUCUUCUAUGUAUUUUAAGUUGUAUUUCCUGUUUUGACGUGGAGUUCUUUUAAAAAGUUGGCACUGGAAAGGACUCUUUACCACCAUACACUUUGGUGAUCUGGCAUGUAAUGAAUUCAUGGUUUUGUGGGUGACUGUACGUCUCCCGGUGGGGAGGAGCUGUAUUCCUGCUGCGUCCAGGUUGAAAGAGCCAUUCCCAGCAUGUUCUCACAUGUCCCGUGUCAGCCUGAGGAAGCCCGCCCUGCCCAGGCACAGACUUUUGUACUAGCUGUCUCCGUAUUCUGUUCAAUAAAUUCUGUGCUCUGAAUAUAUUUAAA